CGGAGCGCAGGGGCGAUCGGCGCGGAGAGGGGCCGCCGUGGGGAGCCCAGUCCCUGGCCGCCGCGGACUCCUGCCGCCCAGGACGUGCCUGCUGCUUCUCCUGCCUUGUCCCCCCCCCUGCUCCGGCCACAGGACAGGGAUGGAGAAGCAUCCGGGCCCCCACCUCUGCGUCUGCUUGGCUGUGCUCACCCUCCUGCCCUUCCUGAGCCUAGGACAGUACGAGAGCUGGCCUUACCAGUUCCAGUACCCCGAGUACUUCCAGCAACCGGCCCCUGAGGAGUACCACCAGCCCCAGGUGCCCUCCGACGUGGUCAAGAUCCAGGUGCGCCUGGCAGGCCAGAAGAGGAAACACAACGAGGGCCGCGUGGAGGUCUACUAUGAGGGCCAGUGGGGGACCGUGUGCGACGAUGACUUCUCCAUCCACGCCGCCCACGUCAUCUGCCGGGAGCUGGGCUACGUGGAGGCCAAGUCAUGGACGGCCAGCUCCUCCUAUGGCAAAGGAGAAGGGCCCAUCUGGCUAGACAACGUCCACUGCUCCGGGAAAGAGGCAACCCUGGCAGCCUGCACCUCCAACGGCUGGGGCGUCACCGACUGCAAGCACUCAGAAGACGUCGGCGUGGUAUGCAGUGACAAAAGGAUUCCUGGCUUCAAAUUCGACAAUUCGUUGAUCAACCAGAUAGAGAGCCUGAACAUCCAGGUGGAGGACAUCCGAAUCCGCCCUGUCCUCUCGGCCUUCCGCCAUCGCUCCCCGGUGACAGAGGGCUACGUGGAGGUGAAGGAAGGAAAGACCUGGAAGCAGAUUUGCGACAAGGACUGGACCGCCAAGAACUCCCACGUGGUCUGUGGCAUGUUUGGCUUCCCUGGGGAGAAGAUGUAUAACACCAAAGCCUACAAAGCAUUCGCCUCGAGGAGGAGGAAAACACGCUACUGGCAGUUCUCCAUGAACUGCACGGGCACCGAGGCCCACAUCUCCAGCUGCAAGCUGGGGCCCCCUGUGUCACGCGACCCUGUGAAGAACACCUCUUGCGAGAACGGGCAGCCCGCCGUGGUCAGUUGCGUGCCUGGCCAGGUCUUCAGCCCCGAGGGACCCUCAAGAUUCCGGAAAGCCUACAAGCCAGAGCAACCCCUGGUGCGGCUUAGAGGUGGUGCCCAGGUCGGGGAGGGCCGCGUGGAGGUGCUCAAGAACGGAGAGUGGGGGACUGUCUGUGAUGACAAGUGGGACCUAGUGUCCGCCAGCGUGGUCUGCAGAGAGCUGGGCUUUGGGACUGCCAAAGAAGCCAUCACUGGCUCCCGGCUGGGGCAAGGGAUCGGACCCAUCCACCUCAACGAGGUCCAGUGCACAGGGACUGAGAAGUCCAUCAUAGACUGCAAACUCAACACCGAGUCACAGGGCUGCAACCAUGAGGAAGAUGCUGGCGUGAGAUGCAACAUCCCCAUCAUGGGCUUCCAGAAGAAGCUGCGCCUGAACGGGGGCCGCAAUCCCUACGAGGGCCGAGUGGAGGUGCUGGCGGAGAGGAACGGGUCCCUGGUGUGGGGGACGGUGUGUGGUGAGAACUGGGGUAUCGUGGAAGCCAUGGUGGUCUGCCGGCAGCUGGGCCUGGGAUUCGCCAGCAGUGCCUUCCAGGAGACCUGGUAUUGGCACGGAAACAUCGCAAACCAAGUGGUCAUGAGUGGGGUGAAGUGUUCAGGAACGGAGCUGUCCCUGGCCCAUUGUCGCCAUGAUGAGGAUGUGGUCUGCCCCCAGGGUGGGGUGCAGUACGGCGCAGGAGUUGCCUGCUCAGAAACUGCCCCUGACCUGGUCCUCAACGCGGAGAUCGUGCAGCAGACCGCCUACCUGGAGGACCGGCCCAUGUUCAUGCUGCAGUGCGCCAUGGAGGAGAACUGCCUGGCGGCCUCGGCUGUGAACACCAACCCCACCACCGGCUACCGCCGCCUGCUGCGCUUCUCUUCCCAGAUCCACAACAACGGCCAGUCGGACUUCCGCCCCAAGAACGGCCGCCACGCCUGGAUCUGGCAUGACUGCCACAGGCACUACCACAGCAUGGAAGUGUUCACCCACUACGACCUGCUCAACCUCAAUGGCACCAAGGUGGCCGAGGGCCAUAAGGCCAGCUUCUGCCUGGAGGACACCGAAUGCGAAGGAGACAUCCAGAAGAGUUACGAGUGUGCCAACUUUGGUGAGCAGGGCAUCACCAUGGGCUGCUGGGACAUGUACCGCCAUGACAUCGACUGCCAGUGGGUGGACAUCACCGACGUGCCUCCCGGAGAUUACCUAUUCCAGGUCGUCAUCAACCCCAACUACGAGGUCCCAGAGUCUGAUUUCUCCAACAACAUCAUGAAGUGCCGGACCCGCUAUGAUGGCUACCGCAUCUGGAUGUACAACUGCCACAUCGGUGGCUCGUUCAGUGAGGAGACGGAACAAAAGUUUGAGCAGUUCAGUGGACUCUUGAAUAACCAGCUGUCCACACAGUGAAGAAGCCUCAGGGUACUCUCCUGCCUUCAAGUCGUGCUGCAUCUCCUCCCCUCCCCUCUGCAGACUGACCACCUCGACUCCACCCUUCCCACACUAACAGGCCGAUGGCCACGCCCCAUGAGGGCUCCGCGCCCCAUCCCAACCUGGCUCAGGAGGAGGGGCUCUGGCUCACCAGGUGCUGCUCCCCAACUUCCAGAGUCUGAGAUUGGGGAGCCCUCAGGGGGCAGAGCUUGUCCACAGGGCUGUGGGAGCAAUGCUGGAGGCCAAGCCUGCCCAGGACCCCACAUACACCCAGGCCAUUGUCAGCUUACCCCACAGUCCCUUCCUGAGUCUAACGUGGCAGGCAGGGCACAGAAUGGCCAUUCUGUUCAGAAAUCCCAUGUUGCAAAUGAGGCAAUCAGUCCCAGAGGUGGUCAAGCUGAAUCCCAUUUCUCACCCUUUUAGGUCACUACUGACCAACUUGAAGAGCUAGACUUCUUUCCAAUGAAACAACUGCUUCUAUUCAAGUCAGCUAUAGUCAAGGCUUCUAAGAGCAAUAUCUCCCCUUCCUUCUCCCCAGGGCAUGCCUGCAUCCAUGUAUACAGCCAGGCCUUGUGUGUAUUAUGCUUUCCUUAUACAGAUAUACUGUGGUAGCUCGCUCUUCGUAGCUGUGACAAAUACUUGACCGAAAGUUUUAAAGGAUUCUCAUUGUAAACCUGGCAAAAAGCAGCCACAAUAGCUAGCCAUGCCACAUAGUCUGAACGCUGGGCUGCCUCCGUAUCUCUUCUGCCAUAAUGAGUCCAUCACCUUUAAACCCAACCUCCCACAAAAUCUCAGGGCAUGGAAAAGAUGUAGACAAGUUCUUUGCCAGAAUCUAACAGAAGUGGCACCUAGGCCAGCUUCCAAUAGAGUCCUGUUCCCUCGCGAGCAGUCUUCUCUGUCGCAUUUCUGCUCUUCUGAGCACUUGCAGAAUUGCCCAUUCAGCUCUGCUGACAGCGCCCUGCCUUCCUCUAGCUCACUUCUCCACCCUUUCUCAAAUUCCCACCACAAACUAGUUCCAAAAGCUUCUCCAAAACCAGACUGUCAGGUGGUCACAGCCAUGACCCCACUUCUCUGGUGCCAAUAUUCUGUCAGAAAUACUUAGGGGAAACAACUCAAAAGCAGAAAGGGUUUCUUUUAGCUCACAGUUUCCGAGGUUUAAUCCAUGGUCAGCUGGCUGUGAGUUCGGGCCUGUGGUGAACCAGAGCGUGAUGGCAGGCAACGUGAGGUAGAGCAAAGCAGCUGGCCUCGUGCAGACAGGAGACUCUUUGUCCAUUCCAGCCAGGCCCCCAGCCUGUAAGAUGGUGCUGCCCACAUUCAGGUGCUUUCCUGUGUUCAGUCCUCUGGACCACUCUCCCCCCCACACACACCGUGCACACACACCCAGAUGUGUGCUUUACUAAUCUCCUAGGUGCUUCUCGAUUCAACAAGUGGACAGUCAAAUUAACCACCGCCUGAAGUGUGGCUCAACUCUAACAGUGGCUGCCUAGCAAGCAAGGCCUUACCUGCCUAGG